UGCGAUUUGGGGGGAUUUCUUGUUCUUGGGUUCUUGUCGUCGGUGGGUGUUUCUUGAUGUAUCGAGUCUCUGUGCUGUCACCAUUUGGUGGCAGGUUACAGGUUAGGUACAUUGCCUUUGCCUACCAUGUGGCGCUUAGGUUUGGUGUUGCUGUGCCUGUGCAUGGAGAUCUACUUGUGUGUUGUCACCGACACCGAGCCGACCUGAUGAUGUCUUGUAGUAUUUGUGCCAUGACGGCCUGCUUUAGAGUUCGUCGGUGUGAUCAUUGACACGGGUUGCUUGCGCAGUGGCGUGCGCUUUGUCCUUUUGAUAGCCAUCGAGUUUUAUGGGGGGUGUAAAUGUUGGACCAAGUUGCUAAUACCUGUUAGGAAAUGCUGCUGAUCAAUCAGCAUUAAAAACUGUGUUGCUCGGCCAAUUCUGGUGCUGUUUGAGCCCUGAAGAUGGCGGCCAUGACUGCUUACAAGUAUCAAGCUCAGGCGAUGAUGAGAGACUACUUGCUAGCUGAUCCGCUCGUUCCCUACACCUCUGUGCUCAUUGGCGUUGUCCUCUGCAAGAUGGCUUAUGAUUUCACUCGAAUACUGAGCUCCUUUUAUUUCAAGGGCUAUACUUCAUUGACAAAGAUACAGCGCAUCGAAUGGAACAAUAGGGGUAUGUCCAGCGCACAUGCAAUUUUUAUCACGGCUGUAUCAUUAUAUCUUGUCAUGUCGACUGAUCUUUUCUCCGACCGCAUCAAGGGACCUAUUACAUUCCGUAAUUCAAUAAUAUCCACUUCUGCAUUAGGGGUUUCUGUUGGCUACUUCAUCACUGAUCUUGCAAUGAUCUUCUGGCUGUAUCCUUCCCUUGGUGGAAUGGAAUAUGUCCUCCACCAUACUCUUUCCUUGGUUGCGAUAGCUUACACAAUGUUGUCUGGGGAAGGACAGUUUUACACAUACAUGGUUCUCAUUUCAGAGACAACCACCCCUGAGAUCAACAUGAGAUGGUUUCUUGAUACUGCUGGACUGAAGAAAUCAAAUGCUUAUUUGGUUAAUGGAAUUCUGAUGUUUGUUGCAUGGCUGGUGGCAAGGAUAUUUUUGUUCAUGUAUGUAUUUUACCACAUCUAUUUGCACUACAGUCAGAUAAUGCAGAUGCAUGCCUUUGGGUACUACCUGACAUUUGUUGUGCCAUCAGUGCUCUUUGUAAUGAACACAAUGUGGUUCAUGAAGAUCUUAAAAGGUGUGAUGAAAACACUGGCAAAAUGGCCUUGAUGGAUGAAGCCAAGAGGAUCCCAGAACUAUCAACAGGAUUUGGUCUUUCUGGCAUCAGUGCGUGACCUUAAUCUGUAAAGUUAUGGAUAUCAGGGUAACUAGAGAAAGUUAAUAUGUAAAGUAUUAGCAAACAAGCUAGAUUAGGUGAAAUUGCCCCGUUUUUAGCAAAGCUGGAAGUUUAUAACCAGUUUGGUUUGUACCGGAGAUCCAGCAUGCUGUUCUGCUUACCCCAUCUGUGCCAUGUGUAUAUUUGAAGAGCAUUUUAA